CAUAUCACCACUUCUUCUUCAUCAGCAUCAGCAUCUCAUCUCCUGCUCUUCACUUCCCUUCACUUUCUCUCACAGCAACCCAACCAAGCACUCGCUUUCACUCACUCUAAUUAACUCCUCUUCACCAUGUUCUUCUCCAAGAUCGUUCUCGGCCUCGCCUCCAUGGCCUCCAUGGUCGCCGCCAUCCCGGCCCCUGACGCCCUCCUCGAUACCACUUCUUCCAUCGCCGCCCGCGACUUCACCAUCCGCGAUGACUCCUCUCUCGAGGCUCGUGGCAACUUCAAGUGCCCUACUGGCAUGUCCUACUGCCCCUGGACCCGUGCCUGCUCUUGUCCCCCUGGCCAGGCCUGGGAUGGCAAGGCCCGCAAGUGCACUGGCAAGACCAUCACCGGCUGCUGGCCCAAGCCUUCGCCUUCGGCCUUUGUCGAUGUCAAGGUGAAGCUCGGCGCUUACUGCGCUAGCUCUCCCUACAAGAUCGUCAAGUAUGACGCCCACCACGCCUACUGCCAGGCCAGCCUCCUCAACGUCGUCUUUCUCGCUCCUCUCGAGAUUGACGCCGAGAUCUCUCUCCUUGGUGGUAAGCUCAUCGACAUCAACGCCCGCAUCAGCCUCGCUCUUAAGAACGUCUGCGGUGGUCUCGCCGGUCUCUACCUCGAGAACGUUCUCGAUGCUGUUGCCCUCUUCAACACCAACAAGUACGGCUACGCUGUCCGCCCCGGUGAUGUUGUCGGUGGCCUUCUCUACGCUGUUGUCGACCUCCUGAGCGGCCUCACCUGCGCCCUCGGCCUCGGUGGCUGCAAGGUCUAUGACUGUGUCUCUUACUGCACCAAGGGCUGCAAGAACUACAUCGACGUCAAGGGAACCAUUGGUGGCUACAUCAACGGCCUCAUCGGUUUCUGCCUUGUCAACGAUGUCAUCCUCAUCGUCAACAAGGUCGGCGCCAUCCUCACCGUCACCGUCAACAGCCUGCUGUGCAUUGUUGGCAGCCUUCUCCGCAGCCUCCUCGGCAUCUUCAACUGCAACUGUGCUUAAGCGCCCGGUCUUUCAAGUCAAGAACCGAGUGUUUGCACUUGAAACAUACUUACACUCACUAAAAUUGGAUAUAAGGAGAUGGGAUGAGCUAUGAUUGGCAUUAUUAACUUGGAGGAUUUCAUUCUUUACAAUAUUUGGGCUUCUACUAGGUUGCCUUAAUCUUUUUCAUUAAUAACUGUACAUGAGUGCACGUAAA